AUGCCUCGAAGAUCCCGGGCAUCUGUGAACCAAACCGACUCGCAGGACACCUACGCUUUGGACUGGCCACAGUCGCAGCGCUGGAACCCAGACUAUAAUGUCCCACGCAACUCGCUCGAAGAUGCCAGUAAUCUUACACAAGCUUCGACAUGGUCGCCCGAUCAGGCCAAUAUUGGCCCGCCAGCGAGCAAGACGAGAACCAAUACAGACACCGCACGAAGGAUCAAAGCAGAAGCCCACGAGACCAGACAGCGCAGCCAUGGCCUUCAUGGUACAGCAGAGAUCAAGCCGCAGCUGCUGCCAGACCUGUCGCACUGGCUCGAGACACUCGCCGAAAUUUACAUGAAUAACUUGGAAAACCGUGCUCGAUGGGAUCCACGUUGGCUGAGUGUAACCAGGCGCGAGAAGCAUGAAGGACUCAAGUGCAGUACAAUCACAAUUUUAGACUAUAUCAACGACGAAUCGACUCCUCGGAAAACAGCAGUCACGGAAAAGGCUGAACUGUGUGCCGCUUUGCAAUCAAGGCCGAAAGAAUGUGCUGUCAGAGUCCUGUUGGUAGAUGACUUGAGCCGGUUCGUCAUGGGCGCUUUGGGACAACUCUAUUCUAUUGAUGCGGAAUUUUGGUUCGACCAUCUGACCAACUCUGGUUAUGCUGCAAGCGACAGUCAACUUAAAGUGUCAAACGCAGUUUGGAUGAACUGGGCAGAGCGUGAGACUCGAUUUCGUCAUCGGUCACUGCCGGGUAUUGGUCAACGGACGCAAUGGAACUCCCCAAAUCGAACCAGAGGCCGAGGUUGGGGACAUGUCAGGUGGGCUCGGCUCGGCUUGAUGCACUAUCUCGGGAAGAAAGGGUUCAAUGAAGACGAAAUUGAGUACAGAAUAGGCGAUGGAAGAUGGCUUGUCGAAAGAGAUGUAUUCUUGGACAAAUAUGGAUUCUUCAUGACGCGACGCAGGCUCAUCAGGCACGCUAUGGCAGUCAAGAGAUCCAAGAAGAGCAUGGAGGGGGAUAAACUGCAAACGAGGGCCAAAGCGUCCAAUAUAUACCGUGCCUACAGUACUUUUGAUGGUCUUCCCAAAAAUGUCACGGCGUGGAAGAACAGAGACUUGAGAGUCGUGGCUCCGGAAGGCACUAGCUUCUGGUCAGGAAAAGAUGAACACGGCCAGAGAAUAGAUAUCGUUGUUUUUGAUCCUCCGCGAUGUAUGACGAAUAGCCUCACAAACGAAACAACACCUUCCCUUACCUUCAUGCCGAGGCCGAUGGAAAUUGAAUCGUACUCUGACGAUGAGCUUUGGCGUACUGCCGAGGUGGAAGAGACCUUUCUCGAUCCGCCUCCACCUCUAACCCCGAAAAAGGAUAUUAAGAAAAAGCGAAAGGAGGACUUGGCUCAGAGGAGAAAACAGAACAAAAAGUUUGGGCUCAAGGAUUUCCACCACAGCGAAGGAAAUGACGAAGAACAUGGCGUGAGUACCGAGUCAGAAUCCGAGUCCGAGUCUGAUUAUACCAGUGACGAUGAGUACGACCAAGACUACGAAAAUGAGCUGCGAGCCGAGUAUAAGAACCCCAAAUCCCAUUCACGAGAUCGCGACUUCGCUCGAAAGUAUGCCCUAUCAACUUCGAAGUUGGCCGAACGUCUUCUCUCCAAUACUCCCACGCAAGCCAUGUUGCAAGAUGAAUCGCUUAUUCCCUCAAUUCUUCACCAGCUUGUUCUUGACGACUUUUGGCAACUCCUGGCAGAGAUGCGCCUAGAGUUGGAUCAUUUGGAUAACGACCUAACGGCAACACUGUACGAGCAGUUGGUGGAAUCUAUUGGCAACUCUACGCGGCAGAAUCUCACGUGGAUGCGGUCUACCUUGCAAGAGCUGUGCGACUGGGUUAAUCAUCUGCAAAAGUCUUUCAUGAUCCUCAAAGUGCCACAGCAUGACCAUCAGGAGAUUGUGGAAUUGAAUGCAGAAGUGCAAGACUUGCAGCGUCGCAGCGAACAGACGAUGAAUUUGCUAGUCUCCUCCAUGACACUUGCACAAUCGUCGACAGUAAUUGAACAAACUUCAGGCAUUAACAAGCUUACCGAGCUGGCAUUCUUCUUUAUUCCUGUAUCCUUCAUUACUUCCAUCUUUUCCAUGCAAGUAUUUGAACUCACUUCCGCGCCGCCGCGGAUCUGGACUUGGGGACUCGCGCUAUCAGUCGUGGCAUUGACGACGUAUCUGAUCCGAGUAUCAAUACGAUCGCCGUCUUUCCGCAUUGUUCUUCUGCACUUUCGUGCCACAAUCCUCAACCGGUUUUCUCCCCCUGGUGCGGGAACUGCAUCCAGGCGUCUAAACACAGUGGGCAACCGUGCAAUCGCCAAGUUUAUCUUCUUUUUCACAGCAGUCAUGAGUUUACUCUCCAUGGUUGUUUUGCCCAUUAUGUUUCUCCUUUUCCUCGCCAUGGGUGGCCUCUGGCUUGGUAUCAUAGGAGUGGCCCUGUACUUUAUCGUCACGCGAUGGCCCGAGGUUGCGGUGCUGGUCCCCUGCUUCAUAUCUAUUCCAAUUUCUCUCCUUGGAAUGGCGGCAUGUUGGAAUUGGUCUGACGAGAUUUCAGAUUGGGGCUUGGCGGUAAUACUAUGGGGUGGUGAAUGGAUCAAAUGGAUAUUUCCCGCACAGUGGACUUUGGAUACAGUUGACGAUGAGGAUUUGGCAAAGGAAGGCGUUAAUACAUAUGCGCGGCAAGCAAUUGUGCUGGCGACAUAA